UAUCCUUCCCCUCCUCCUCCACAGUGAUUGUGUAAUACGUACAAGUUGAAUUAGAGUUUAUGGUAAGCUAGUUGGAGCAGUGAUUUUGAAAGCGCAAGUACAUUGCUUUUGUUAAUAAAUUUGAGUUUAAUGUUGGAAAUGACAGAAAUUUAAACAUGUUUAUGAUGUUAUAAAAUGAUGUUUCAGGAAGAAGAACUUUCCUGUUGGUCCAUAUCUGAAGUGGAAGACAAUCAGAGAAUCUUUUGAUGGCUAUAGGUGUUCACUGGACAUUAAGGGAAGAGAUGGCCCAUACGGGUAGUAUAUGAUACUGAACAUUAAACUACCUUUAGUCACUGGAACUUUCAAAUAAAUGUUCUUAGUCUUAUUGAACUUCAUGGGCUGGCCAAGUACUUGGAGAAUUUCAUGUGGGUGAAGAAAUUCUUCAGCAAGCUUUCUUUGUUUUCUACUGAUGAUUAUUAUUCUGACUGAUAGCAUGCUGUGGAGUGAGGUUUUGGCAGGCUCUAAAUAAUGUGUCUGCACACAGGAGUGGGAAAAAAGGAAGUAGAGCUCUAGAUUUAAACUUUAGAAAAGAGUUAUUCUCUUAGGAACUGUCUGAUGAACCAUCUAAGAACUAAUCUUACAUACAACUCUACCUCCUUCAGAGCAGAAAUGUUUUAGGACAAUUGCUGGCACUGAUACAAUAUAGGUAGUUCUGUGUAGAUUCAUUUUUAUUCACAAAAGACCUGUUUAGGUGAAUUAUUUGUGUCUAGGAUUUAACAGAAACAUAAAAAUUGGAAAUUAUAAAAUAGCUUCAGUGAAGUUUUCAAUGAUUUUUCUUCUCUUUUUUUGUUUUUGCAGUCUAGGUUUGAAUUUAUAGCCUAAUUUUUUAAAUUUCAUGUUUCUCUUUGUUAAGAAAGUAAUAUGCAAUGUGUGUAUACAUAGUUCCUGACUUUCAUUGUGCAUAUAUGCUGAGUAGAGUGUGUGCAAUCAAGGGAGAGAUUUCCACUCAGGAAAGAAAGCCAACCUAAAUGUCCUAUUGUGUUGAUUUGCAUUUGUCUUCUGAGGCUAUUUUUAAAUCAAAUAAUAAGUUUAAAAUGCCGAAAUUUACAGCAUCCUCUCAGAAUGAGAUUCCCUCUUCUCUCUCCUUUUCCCUCUUUUUAUUUCCUAGGGAUUGAACCUAGGGCCUCAUGCAUGCUAGGGAAGAACUAUCCCACUGAGAUUCAUCUCAAUCCUAAUGAGACUCCGUCUCUAGAAAUCUUUAACCUGACACUGAGUUAGAAAUGCACUGAAGUGUUACAAAUAAUGUGAUACUAGAAAAAUGCAGAAAAAGUCCAUGCAUUCCAUGCAUUGUGCAUCUAUUUAUAUAUUUAGGAUUCGUGGAAUAUUAAAAAAAGUAUUGACAAGUGCAUACAAAGCAAGGGAUUGCAUUUUUGAAGCUGAUAAAGUAGCUCUUCCACUUAAUAUAAGUAAUGGGAGAAAGUGUAGCAGGGGUCCUUUUAGAGAAUCCGCUGAUCUAAAUUCUUCCUGUUCUAAUAGCUUCCAGCAUCUGAUGUCUAGUCUCUGGACAAAUGGACAUUAAAAAGCAUGGCAACAAGCCACAUGAAUGCUUUUCUUUCUGUUGGCUCCACAGUUUUACUUAGAAUAUUGGCGUUUUGGGUUAAUUCCAAUGGUUCAGAUCAUAAUGCAGAUUUCCAACAGAUCUGGAGGCUGUGGGAAACAGUAAUACAAUAAAAUCUUUGACAGUCUAUUCUGUUAUAAAUUGUAACACUCAUUCUUAAAAGGAAAACACUCUCAGCAUUAUGUCAACAAAAGACAGUAUUACACACACACACACACAUAAAGGAGUGCCACUUCAAACAAUAGUUUUAAUGAUACUAAAUUCUUCAAUAAAUUUUUACUUACAACGACAUAAGUAUGUUAAUUAAAAACUUAGAGAAACAAUCAGUGAAAAAUGAAUGAUCAGAGACAGGAAGAAAAAUAAACUCCAGCCACAACUAUUUGCUCAUUGUGGUACUUAUUUCUUUAGCCCAGGAGAUGAAAUUUCAGUUUGUUUAUAUGAACUAGCUAGUCUCUCUCAGAUGGCACAGUGGCUUUUUUUUUUUUUUUUGUAUGAAUGAAAACUUGGUGUCCCAGAGAAUAAAAUGACAAGGAUUCAUGUAGUCCCCUAUCAUGUUUCUGACUUUUGUGGAAUUGGCAAUUUAUAGACAUGUUGAAAAUAUACACCUCGAAGAAGUAUGGCUGCAGUUUCUGAGCGUAUUCUGUACAGCAGAUCCCUCUGGCCAUCAUGACUGCUUUAGCUUGUAGGGAGACACUGGGCUGGCUAGAUGCUUCCUGGUUUCAUUAGCAUAGUCCCGCCCACUUCCAACACACGCCCAGAACUACCUCAUUAACCAUUGGGAAUGCAGCCAAAAACAUAAGACGACAGUGAAUAUAAAGGGAAUUACUGGCAAGGGAGCUGUAACCAUCUCACCACUGAACCCAUUACUUUUCCAAGAUCAGAAAAGUAUUACUUUAGCAGGAAUCAUUUCUUUAUUCAGAUAAGAAUUCAAGGUUUGGGUCAUGAAUUUUUAUCUAGAACAAGUAGCUGAACCGUAGUAAGGCAUACAGCUCAGUUGCAUCCAUUUAUGUUUUUGCAAUCUCUCUCGCUCUGUCUCUCUCUCUCUCCUCUCUCCUCUUUUCUCUCUCCCUCUCCCACUUAUUAUUUUCUGGAUAGCUUUGACAUUGUAAACCACAGACAGAUUGGAGCCUGGCUUUGAAAGGAGGUGUUCAACAACGUUUAUUUAUUUUUUAAUUUUUUUCCCCUGUCUGAAGAAGUUGACUACCACAGGAGGGGCUCCGAAAAAUGACAGGAGCAAAGAGGAAAAAGAAAAGUGUUCUGUGGGGCAAGAUGCACACCCCACACUGGGAAGACAUUAAACAGUGGUGUAAGAGGCGCCUACCUAUUUUGGAAUGGGCUCCACAGUACAACCUGAGGGAAAACCUGCUUCCAGACACUGUAUCUGGGAUAAUGCUGGCAGUUCAACAGGUGACACAAGGGCUGUCCUUCGCUAUUCUUUCAUCUGUACACCCAGUUUUUGGUUUAUAUGGAUCUCUGUUUCCAGCCAUCAUUUAUGCGAUAUUUGGAAUGGGACGCCAUGUUGCCACAGGCACCUUUGCCUUGACAUCCUUGAUAUCAGCCAAUGCUGUGGAAAGGCUAGUUCCUCAAAGCAGCAGGAACCUCACCACACAGAGCAACUUCAGUGUGCUGGGCUUAUCCGACUUUGAGCUACAGAGAAUCGGGGUUGCAGCAGCAGUUUCCUUCUUGGGAGGAGUGAUUCAGAUGGUUAUGUUUGUGCUGCAGCUGGGCAGUGCCACGUUCCUAGUUACAGAGCCUGUGAUCAGCGCCAUGACCACGGGGGCCGCCACCCAUGUUGUGACUUCACAAGUCAAGUAUCUCUUGGGAAUAAAAAUGCCAUAUAUAUCUGGACCACUGGGAUUCUUUUAUAUUUAUGCAUAUGUUUUUGAGAACAUCAAGUCUGUUCAGCUAGAAGCACUGCUCUUAUCCUUGCUGAGCAUUGUUGUCCUUGUUCUCGUUAAAGAGCUGAAUGAACAGUUUAAAAGAAAAAUUAAAGUUGUUCUUCCUGUCGACUUAGUUUUGAUCAUUGCUGCCUCAUUUGCUUGCUAUUGUACCAACAUGGAAAACACAUAUGGAUUAGAAGUAGUUGGACACAUUCCAAAUGGGAUCCCUCCACCCCGUGCUCCACCAAUGAACAUCCUCUCCGCAGUGCUCACCGAAGCUUUUGGAGUUGCACUUGUAGGCUACGUGGCCUCACUGGCUCUUGCUCAAGGAUCUGCCAAGAAGUUCAAAUAUUCAGUUAAUGACAACCAGGAAUUUUUGGCCCACGGCCUCAGCAAUGUGAUCCCUUCAUUUUUCUUCUGUAUCCCAAGUGCUGCUGCCAUGGGAAGGACAGCUGGUCUAUACAGCACAGGAGCAAAGACACAGGUGGCUUGUCUAAUAUCUUGCAUUUUCGUCCUUAUAGUCAUCUAUGCAAUAGGACCUUUGCUGUACUGGCUGCCCAUGUGUGUCCUUGCAAGUAUUAUUGUCGUGGGACUGAAGGGAAUGUUAAUACAGUUCCGGGAUUUAAAAAAAUACUGGAAUGUGGAUAAAAUCGAUUGGGGCAUAUGGAUCAGUACUUACAUAUUUACAAUAUGCUUUGCUGCCAAUGUGGGAUUGUUGUUCGGUGUUGUCUGCACCAUAGCCAUCGUGAUAGGACGUUUCCCAAGGGCAAAGACUUUAAGCAUAACAAACAUGAAAGAACUGGAAUUUAAGGUGAAGACAGAAAUGAAUGAUGAAACCUUGCAACAGGUAAAAAUCAUCUCAAUAAACAACCCGCUUGUUUUCCUGAAUGCAAAGAAGUUGAAUACUGAUCUAAUGAAAAUAAUCCUAAAGGAAAAUGACAGCAGUCACCCACUUGAUGAUGUCAGCAAGUGUGAACAGAACACCUUGCUCAGUCCCCUGUCGAAUGGCAACUGCAAUGAGGAAGCUUCCCAACGCUGCCCCUGUGAUAAGUGUUCUUUGGUCCUGGAUUGCAAUGGCUUGACCUUUUUCGACUACACAGGAGUCUCUACACUUGUUGAGCUUUACCUAGAUUGCAAGAGCAGGGGUGUCGAUGUGUUCUUAGCCAACUGCACAGCAUCCUUGAUAAAAGCAAUGUAAUACUGUGGAGACCUAGACACUGAGAAGCCAAUUUUUUUUGACUCAGUACCUGCUGCAAUAAGUACCAUCCAGUCAAGUAAGAAUUUGAGCAAAGUCAGUGAUCACAGUGAAGUCUGAGGCCCGUGUGAUGAAGUGUACAUCUCAUCUUCAGCAAAUGUCCUGAAGAGGCCAGAUAUUGGCAUUUUGCACAAAUUUUGGUGUAUGGAUGCUGCAUAUGACCUCUAUUUCAAUAAGAAUGAUAUGGGUUAGCAGCCACAUAGCCACUGGCCAAGGCUUGCUGACCUCUUAUUUUUCUAAUUUUUCUUAAUAAACAGAUUCAUUUAGUUAUUUUAUAUAGGGAUCAGUAUGCACGUAGCUUUAGUUUACUAAGUAGUAAAGACACUUAUUUCCUUUUAUGAGAGUAUUUUAUAUGGUUUUAUUUCUAUUUUGUUGUAAGCUAACAAAUUAAGGAACACUUUGAUCAUAAGUGGUUUGGACUAUUUAUAAGCCAUUUGUAAAAAAUUAAGAUGAUCUAACUAACACAUAAAAAAAGUUAGUGAAUUUGCUAUUUUCCUAUAGGUUUUACCCCAAAGUUACUUAAACAUUUGUAAGAUAACAUAUAUGUACAGUGAGUAAUGAAAUCCAUGGAAAUAAAGUAAUUGGGAAAAAAGACAAACUAGAAGAGAUUGAUGUCAAUAUCCAUCUCUUUGACAAUAUUCAUGUAUUCAACUAUGCUUUUGAAUGUGGAAGAGAACUGGUGUUUUAGUAAAACUGAGUUCUUGCCAUUUGUCUGCUUGCUUAGUUGUGAAUACUGAAAACCAUUUGGACAUCCAAUCAGAUAGCUCUCAGCUCUACAUUGCCACCUUAAGAUGUCCUGCUUUCAGCCUUAUUUUUAUUGCAAUUGGAGAAUAUGAGAAUUCAGCAUCUAAUAUUUUUCAGAUAGGAUCUUUUAGAUGAAAAUGUCAUGAGUAGAAUAGUUUUAUGCUAUUUUGGUACAAGAUAAACCUUAGAAAUUGUGAAUUUUCUAUUUGAGAGACAAGUCAAUAAAAUGUAAUAGGUAAUACUAAGAUAGAUAGAUCACAGACAGACAGAUGGCAGAUAAAUCUCCCUGGUAUAUUUCCAUUUUCUUUGUUAUAGGUGAACUUAGAUGUGAUUAUCUGUAACUUUACCAAAACAGCAGGAUAACUGACAACACUAAGGGCCAGAUAGAAGUGUAAACAUUAUUUUUCAUGCUUGUAUAUUUUAUUUUUAAAUUAUAUACAAGUAUGCAAUCUCACAAUUUUCUAACAAAUUAACUUAUAUCAGAAGCCAAAGAUUACGGUUAUUCUUUAUUCUUAAUGACAUUUAAACUAUUGUAGAGACUAAUACUUUAAGAAAAGCAAGGUACUGCAAAGGGGGUUUGAAAAGCAAGUUAAAAAUAGAAAUUAAAGCCUGGCCAUCUAGUGGUGGUUCUCAAGGGCAUCUGUAAGAGCAAAUUGUAACUCCUGUCCAACUGACAUGUUGAAAUAUUCCACAGCAAUUGUGUGGUAAACAUUCAUAUGACCAUCCAUUUUUAGCACCUCUGACUUUGGUAAGAUGAAAUAAUAAAAUUAAAAUGCCAAAAAUAGUGUUCCCAAUUUUCAUAGUCAUUUUAAUUUUUACUGAAACAAACUAAAAAGAACCGUAUUGGUUCACAAAGCCAUAGUCUCCUCAUUGCUAAUUUGGUUAGUCACAAGUAAGGUGACUACUGUUUGUCAUAUAUAAUUCCAUGAGGAGGUCAAAGGAGAAUUGCAAAUAGCUUCCUUAUUAAAAGGAGUUUUAUUCUGCAUCAUCCAUUUGCAUUAUUCUAAAUGUGCAUGGUGGUGAUAUUCUCUACCCUCAAUCCAUUGGUCCCUGCUAUAUAAUCAUGAAAGAAAAGUAUUAUGGUACAUAUAAAUUGAUAGUUUGCUAUGAAAGUUUGGCCUAUAAUUGAGCUCAUGGCUUGUAGGCAUUUUAAAUUUGUGGUAGUCUAUGGGCCAUGGCUGACAUUAAAAUCAUUAUAGCUAAUCAAUUGAUGAUUUGUUCUGUUUUGUCAGUGCUGACACAAUAUUGUCUGAGAGUGCAUUUAAGUAUUUAUAGUGUAAUUUUAAUGCACAGAAAGUUAACACCAUUAACUCCAUUGUCAAAUGUUAAUGCCAUAUUCAAAGACACGUAAGACAAAUCAUACACUGUUCUAAGUCCAUUGUCCUAUAGUUUAUUCCGAGACCACGAUAUGUGUUUACCAAAAGAAAGCCUCUUGAAUUAAUUUGUAAGAGUCCAAGAACUACAUAUAAGUUUUAGACAUCCAAGUGCUAUUUCAGAGAAGCAGCAGAGAACAUAGAAGCUACAAGACUGCUCCAGUGUUGCAAUGUUUCUAUCAGCAUGUUGGCCUAUUCUUAUAAGGCCAUCUAGGAAAAUAGCAUUAAAAAACAAAACUGGCCUAUACAGGUGUUGAGAACCUAAUAUGGAAGAUAUGAAAUAUGUAACUAGGAAAAGACUUUUAACUUUACAUUUAUGCAAAUUAAAUGCCCUUAAAUUUUGCCAUUUGUCUUUCAUUUUAAAGGUUAUUUGCCCUCAAUUAUGUAAUUUCAGUGUUAUAAAGUUUAGCUUAAACUACUUUGCAAUAAUUUAUUUGACAGAUGUGCCAUGCAAUGUAAUGAGGAAAGAGAUCUUUCUUUUUUAAUGAAAACAUUAAUGUGUUAAUAUCCCAUAUGAGUAAUGCUUGACAUUUGAUGCUUCUUGAAAUAUGUUGGUAUGUUGCUGAACAUACAUACACCUCUGAAAUGUCAAUUGUGUGUUCUGUAGGUUGAUCUGAUUCAGUAUCAAAUACACUUUUUGACAGUGAGUUUGUUGCCAGAUAGAUUCAAAUAGGGAGUUAAGUGGUGCUUUCUCAAUCCAAAGACUUGUAGUUAAAAAUCAUGUAUUCUAAUAGGCUGCACUUAUUUUUAUAUUUUUUCAUGCACUUAAUUAUUGUUUUUUAUAAUUAUUUUUACUAACUCAGCAUG